UCGUGGAUUCCACAACUCUGUAAAAUGACCAGAAAGUUACAUCUCACUGUUGUCUUCUUGAUAAAUAUAUACCUAAUUGGAAAGGCUUACGCCCUGGUAGAGUUUACGAACAUCGUGUGCGAGGCCAUCGACAAGGAUUUCGUGAAAUUCGAGUAUUGCCGCUUGAAGUCAGUCAACAGGACCUACAAAUACUUCACCGUAAGGGCCAACCUCUUGCAGAUUCCCGUCACAGAAGCCAAGGUGAAUGCGGGACUUUAUAAGCGAUUAAGCACCUAUAAACCUUUCUUCUACAACGUAACAAUCGAUGGCUGCAAAUUCUUUAAAAAUGUCAAGUUAUAUCCCGUUGCUAGCUCUGUCUAUGAUUUUUUCAAAGACGUUUCAAACUUAAACCACACCUGCCCGUAUGAUCAUGACAUAAUAGUGAAUAAGCUGACAGCGGAUAAUUUUAAUCACCGAUUCAGCAAUGUCCUGGAUUUUCCGACAGGAGAUUAUAUGUUUAAAGUUCGGUUUAUAAUAUAUAAAAAUAUUAGAGCCAAAUUUCAAUUGUAUUUUUCACUUAAAUAAACUUUCUAGUUUUAUUUCUCAUUAGCAUAUAUUUCUUGGGUAAUGGAUGUAUUUUUGGUAACACAAAUUUUGGGGAAAAAUUUAAAACGUAUUUUAAUAAUCCAUGCAAGCGAACCCAUUUGCGAUUAAAAUCGUUUGCUUUCCAUACCUCUAAUACC